CUCCUCCCUGAUCGAGGUCCUCAUCAUCGCUGGGCCCCUCCUCUUGUCCCUUUUUGCUCUGCCUGCAUCUCAGUGUCAGCAUGGCGGCUUUAGAAACCCGAGCGUGUGAGACUGAUGGCUGUAGCAGUGAGGCCAAACUGCAGUGCCCAACCUGCAUCAAGCUGGGGAUCCAGGGUUCCUACUUCUGUUCACAGGAAUGUUUUAAAGGGAGCUGGGUUACCCACAAGCUGCUUCACAAAAAAGCAAAAGAAGAUAAGACGAAUCAGGAUUCAAGCAAAGGUGUAGAGAAUGAUGUCAAUACAGACCCCUGGCCUGGCUAUCGAUUUACAGGCAAACUGCGGCCCUGCUAUCCACUGACUCCAAUGAGGCCUGUACCGAGCUAUAUCCAGAGACCUGAUUACGCUGAUCAUCCAUUAGCUGCAGAAGUGGGCCUCAUGGCAGGAAUGUCUGAGUCAGAGCAAUCCCUAAAGGGCACCUCCCAAAUUAAAAUCCUUUCUUCAGAAGAUAUAGAAGGAAUGAGGGUGGUGUGCAAGCUUGCUAGGGAAGUGCUGGAUAUAGCCUCUUUGAUGAUAAAGCCAGGGAUUACUACUGAAGAGAUUGACCAUGCUGUGCAUCUGGCAUGUACUGCUAGAAACUGCUAUCCUUCUCCACUAAAUUAUUACAACUUUCCCAAGUCCUGCUGUACGUCGGUAAACGAAGUGAUCUGCCAUGGAAUUCCAGACGGCAGAUCCCUGGAAGAUGGAGAUAUUUUAAAUGUGGAUAUAACUGUGUAUCGCAAUGGGUACCAUGGGGAUCUUAACGAGACCUUCUUUGUUGGGGAAGUGGAUGAGGCAGCCAAGAAAUUAGUGCAGACUACUUUCGAAUGCCUAAUGCAAUCCAUUGAUUCAGUAAAGCCAGGUGUUCGUUACAGGGAGCUGGGCAACAUAAUCCAGAAACAUGCACAAGCCAAUGGGUUUUCUGUAGUAAGAAGCUACUGUGGACACGGUAUUCAUAAACUGUUCCACACUGCACCAAAUGUGCCACAUUAUGCUAAAAACAAGGCUGUUGGGGUGAUGAAGCCAGGGCAUGUGUUCACCAUAGAGCCAAUGAUUUGUGAAGGUGGUUGGCAGGAUGAGACCUGGCCGGACGGUUGGACUGCAGUGACCCGUGAUGGGAAGCGGUCUGCCCAGUUUGAGCACACUCUACUGGUGACCGAGACUGGCUGCGAGAUCCUUACUCGACGCUUGGAAGACAACGGGCGCCCGCACUACAUGUCACACAUUUAGGGGUUGCUGCUGUCACUCUAGGCCUUUUGUCUCUGUGCAGGGCACUGUUUACAUUACAGUAACAGACUGCAGUGCCUGUGGGAUUGUUUUGCUCUCCUCUUUUUUUUUUUUUUUUUUUU